AUGCGCGCCGGAACACCAAGCAUCAGUGUCAUGGCUACUGAAGCUCCAGACCUGACGCCUCAAUUCUCACCGCCACCGCCACCAUCAGACGGCCUCACGGGGUUCUCGGACGAAACAUUUAGAGCUAUGUCCUACGCCGACUGGGACCUGAACCUUGUGCAGAAUGAUUUCAACUUCGGGGGCGACAAUGACUUUGAACGAACCAAUUUCCUCUCGCCACCUCCAGACCUCUUCGGAUUCGAUAAGAACGUCGAGAUCAGCCCGGCUGCUCUCCCCAGUCCACUUUCAAUCAGCCCUGUCGUCGACGAGGAGAAGUCCCUCGUAGUCAUAGACGCAUUUAGGAAGGCUACGGGCCGCUGGGUUCCGGCUGCAGCCGGCGAUCUCCAGGCCGAGGAGGAGAAGAAUCUCUCUGCAACACACGGAACAGACAUCACGACAGACCAAUCUGACCGCUGGGACUCCGGACUGCUGCCAGAUGGCUUCCCACUUGCGGCUCGUGACCGGCUAUUGGCCAUGAUGGCCAGCGCCUGUCAGCCGCUGGAAGUGCCUCGGGUUGCGGCAGCAUUUCCGUCCUGCGACGGUCUAGGCCGUUUGGUGAGGUCUUUUCUAGCCUGGCAUAUGAGCCAAGAGGAUACAUGGAUCCAUGUCCCGACCUUCUCGGUCAACGACGUCAAGGUCGAGUUGCUGGCCGCCAUCGUCGCAGCUGGGGCAGUCCGGUCACCGAGCCGGGCCGUGCAGAAAUUUGGACUGGCCGUCCACGAGAUUCUUCAGAUACAACUUAGAAAUAUGGUAGCGGCUCCCUAG